UCCAUCUUCUCCGCGAUGUUGCCCUUUGUCAAGAACGCAGUAAGCCGUCUCCCAGUUCGAAGCAUUCAGCAAGUGGUGGCAAGGCAGAGCCACCGGAAACGGACACCUGAUUUCCAUGACAAAUAUGGAAAUGCUAUAUUAGCAGGUGGAGUCCUCUUCUGUGUUUCUACAUGGACGUAUACAGCAACACAAAUUGGCAUAGAAUGGAACCUGUCUCCUGUUGGCAGAGUCACCCCAAAGGAAUGGAGAGAUCAGUAGUCAUGCCAGCUGCUACAAUAAUCAAGUGAUUGUGUCGAAAUCAACUUAGAAGUGAUUCCAAGUCAAUGAAUCAUGUAUUCACUAAAAUAUAGCAUAUGGAAGAAAAAAUAAAGUACUUCUGAAACCUUAAAA